AUGGCCAAGGAAUUGGUGAGGAAAUGUUCUCAUUGUAAGCACAAUGGCCAUAACUCAAGAACAUGUAAUGGAAAAGGUUGCAUCAAACUUUUUGGUGUCACGAUUAACCUAGUAGAAGAUGAGAAGAACCAUGAAUUAGUUGAAUCUAUGAGGAAGUGCAAAAGUAUGGGGAAUUUACAGGCGUGUAACACCGAACACAUUGAUGCCGGGUAUCUUUCUGAUGGUCUUAUUCAUGAGAGGGCCAAAGCAGCCCAUGAACGAAAGAAAGGAACACCAUGGACAGAGGAAGAACACCGAGCCUUCUUAAUUGGAUUGGAAAAGCUAGGUAAAGGUGAUUGGAGAGGAAUUUCAAAGAAUUUUGUGCCUACCAGGACCCCAACUCAGGUGGCUAGUCAUGCACAGAAAUAUUUCUUAAGGCUGGCCGGAACUGAAAAGAAGAGACGGCGAUCCAGCCUCUUCGACAUGUCCUUCAAAGAACCAACUUCACCUCCUCAAGCUUCCGCUGCUUCACCCUCUCAUAAAGCUCCUGAAAUAUCACAAGUGGCUAGUACCUCCCUUGUUGCUCCUUUGAGGAACAUUGGUGAAAUACAAGGGCAGGCUAGCACAUCAGGGCCUAUUGCAACCUUUGAAAAGCCACCACUUUCACCCAUGUCUAGGAGUUAUGGAGUUACAGAUUUCCAUGGUAUGCGAUACAUGGUAGGAGCCUCCACAAAUGGCCAGAACUUUCCUGCACCAAAUCAUAUGCAGGCCAUGUCAUUUGUUCCGGUGAUGAAUUUCCCCAACCAGGGUUAUUUCGGUUUGCCCAGUAGCCACGGGAACUUUGCCACUUGUGCACCAUUUAUGUUGUCAAGGGAUCUGCUUCCACAACCGGUCCAUCAAGGUGCAUCUCAGGCAGGUCCUGGAACUUCAGGGACUAAAAAGGAUGGUCUGGAGCUCAGCAUUGGAGUUCUUUCCAUAGAAGAAUUGAAGAAGUUGGACUGCACUCUUUCAGCUAAAUAA